AUGGCGUCUCUGCUUAGGGCUUGCUUAACCUCCGCUUCGUCCAGACUGAGCUAUGCACCUGCCUUUACCGGUGCUGCUCGUCACAUUACAACAGUAGGGAAAGAUUACACUAUUAUUGAUCACACCUAUGAUGCUGUUGUCGUGGGUGCUGGAGGCGCUGGUCUUCGCGCCGCUUUCGGUUUGUCUAACGAGGGCUUCAAAACUGCCUGCGUUACCAAACUCUUCCCUACGCGCUCUCACACCGUUGCUGCUCAAGGAGGUAUCAAUGCCGCCUUAGGUAACAUGGAACAGGAUCAUUGGAAGUUCCAUGUUUUCGACACUAUCAAAGGAUCCGAUUGGCUUGGUGACCAGGAUGCUAUCCACUAUAUGUGUGAAGAGGCUCCAAAAGCUGUAAUUGAAUUGGAAAAUUUCGGCAUGCCUUUCAGCCGAUUGGAAAAUGGUAAAAUUUAUCAACGCGCCUUUGGCGGCCAAAGUCUCGACUACGGCAAGGGUGGUCAAGCUCAUCGUUGCUGCGCCGUCGCUGAUCGUACUGGCCAUUCCCUUCUUCACACUCUUUAUGGCCGUUCUCUUCGUUACAAAACUGACUAUUUCAUCGAAUAUUUCGCUCUUGAUCUUUUAAUGGAGAACGGAGUUUGCCGUGGUGUUAACGCCAUCUGCCUUGAGGACGGAACCAUCCACAGAUUCCGUGCUAAGAACACGGUUCUUGCCACUGGUGGUUAUGGUCGUGCUUACUUCUCUUGCACGUCUGCGCAUACCUGCACUGGUGACGGUACUGCCAUGCUUACUCGUGCUGGCCUCCCUAACGAGGACAUGGAAUUCGUGCAAUUCCACCCAACUGGUAUCUAUGGUGCUGGUUGCUUGAUUACGGAAGGCUGUCGCGGUGAAGGUGGUUACUUGAUCAAUAGUGAGGGUGAACGCUUCAUGGAGCGCUAUGCACCAAAUGCUAAGGAUUUGGCUUCACGCGAUGUAGUUUCUCGUGCUAUGACCAUCGAAAUUCGUGAAGGUCGUGGUGUUGGUCCUCGCAAGGAUCAUUGCUACCUAAAGCUUCACCACCUUCCUGCUGAGAUUCUCAAGUCUCGUCUCCCAGGUAUCUCUGAAACUGCUGAGAUUUUUGCUGGUGUUGAUGUCACUAAGGAACCAGUUCCUGUCCUCCCAACUGUCCAUUACAACAUGGGUGGUGUUCCGACCAAUUACAAGGGCCAGGUUAUCACUUACGAUCCUGUCUCAAUGACGGAUAAGAUUGUCCCUGGUUUGUAUGCUGCUGGUGAGGUUGCUUGUGCUUCUGUCCACGGCGCUAACCGUUUGGGUGCCAACUCUCUCCUCGAUAUUGUUGUUUUCGGUCGUGCAUGUGCUCUUGACAUCGCUGAGAAGUGCAAACCCGGCGAUACUGGUCCUGAGCUCCAUAGUGAAACAGGUAUGGAGUCGAUUGCUAAUAUUGACAAACUCCGUACUGGAAAGGGCGAGUUCCCCGUUGGUGAUGUUCGUCUUGAGAUGCAGCAUACCAUGCAGGAGCAUGCCGCCGUUUUUCGUGAUGGCCCAGUCCUUAAAGCAGGUGUUGAGAAGAUGCUGAAACUUUAUGCCGACAAAUAUGACAACUUGAAGGUUUCUGACAAGAGCCUUAUUUGGAACUCUGACUUGAUUGAAGGUAUUGAACUUCAGAACCUCCUCAUCAAUGCUGUGCAAACAAUUGUUGCUGCCGAAGCCAGAAAAGAAUCCCGUGGUGCUCAUGCUCGCGAAGAUUUCAAAAAAAGAGUCGAUGAAUACGAUUACUCUAAGCCAAUUGAAGGCCAAACUAAGAAACCGUUCACCGAUCACUGGAGAAAGCACACAAUGAGCCACCAAGACGUUAAGACUGGAGCCGUCAAGCUUGAAUACAGACCGGUCAUUGAUAAAACCUUAGAUGAAAACGCUUGCCCAGCCGUUCCUCCUAAAAUCCGUUCUUAUUAA